UAUCCGAAGUAUUCGAUGGUUUGUUGUGUUCAGACGCGUUUUUCAAUGAAUCUGUGAAAAGUGAAUUAUUCAGUAGAAAACAUGCCACUAGGCAUAGACAGAACACACUUUUAUGCAGAAAAGGUUAAAAGACAAGAGAAAGAAAUACAUGCAAAAGAUGAGAGAGUUGCCCAGCUUGAAACUGAAAAUGCAAUGUUGUAUCUCAAACUUGCUCAACUACAUGGCACAGUGCAAAGUGUCAGACAAGAAAACUCCUCACUCAAUGGCCAGGUGGAGUCGGAGCAGCAGUUCCGUAGUGACGUAUCAGGGACAGCAAUUAAGUUACACAGAGAGUUAGAGACCAUUAGAAAUGAUCUCAGAUCACUCCAGUCCAUUGCCAUAGAUAUACCUGAGGAGUUUCAGAAGUACACCACUCAGGCCAACAAAGUAGUCCAGCGCCACAGGCAGGUGUUUCAAUCCCAGAAUUCCAGCAUGACCUCUCUCCAGUCGCAGGUGACCAAUAUGGAGCUGGCUCUACAGGAGAUCACGGAGCGGCACGCCAAGGAGAAGAAACGGAGACAGGAGCUUCACAAUAUCCUCAUGGAGUUGAGAGGAAAUAUCCGAGUUCACUGUAGAAUUCGCCCACUGAUGGAGUUUGACUGCGGGAAUGAGGAUUCUGGAUCUCUAGGAAAGCCAGGCACUCGCUCAGAAGUGGUGGUGCAUUUUGUUGAUGAUGAGAAUGUUUGCUGUCGUACAGCAAAACACAACAAAGUUUUUGAAUAUGAGAGAGUGUUUAGCCCUACAGAGUCCCAGAAUGAUAUCUUUGAAGAAGUUCAGCCGAUGUUAACUUCCCUGUUGGAUGGGUACAAUAUUUGUAUUAUGGCCUAUGGACAGACAGGGAGUGGUAAGACACAUACCAUGCUGGGGAGUCAUAAAAACGAAGAUUACAACCCCUCUAGGGAUCCCCACAGAGAUGAAGGGGUCAUACCACGGGCAGCAAGAGAACUCUUUAGGUUAAUAUCAGAGAAACAAUCAGCCACACACAAGAUAGAGGUGUCUGUGCUGGAGAUAUACAACAACGAGAUCAGGGAUCUUCUCAGUAAUGACCCCAGUAUCAAACAUGACAUCAACACAAGUACUGAUGGCACAGUCAGUGUACCCACACUGUCCUCAAAACAGGUGGACACUGUUUAUGAUGUCAUGUGUCUUGUUCAACAUGGCCUCAGAACCAGGAGAGAAUCGGCAACCAUGGUACAUGAACACUCGAGUCGUUCUCACCUUGUGGUGACCUUGACCGUUAUUUCCCAGGCUCCAAGCUUCUUCUCCAAGACUUCUUCAGGAUCUUCUCAAGAUUUGAGUUCACCUAGGUCACCAAAUUCACCAAGGUCGACAAAACAUUUCAAGGAUUUCUUCAAUAAUAUUCCUUCUAAUCUCAAAAUUAUACAGCGUGAUAUAAGAGGGCGAUCCUAUUCCACGUCCUCUGCCCCUAACCUUGGUAACCUGUCCAACACCUGGUCUGGUGCUGACCAAUCAGCAGCCUCUGUCCCAGGGAUGGGAGCCGUGAUCCGCACUAAGCUUCAGCUUGUCGACUUAGCUGGAAGUGAAUGUGUGGGUAUGAGUGGAGUGAAGGGUGCUGCUCUCAGGGAAGCGUCCAACAUCAACAAGAGUUUAUCAGCCCUUGCUGAUGUCCUGGGAGCCCUGGCAGAACACAGAUCUCAUGUUCCCUACAGGAAUACCAGGCUUACCCAUCUCCUGCAGGACUCUAUUGGUGGAGAUGCCAAGCUGCUGGUACUUUUAUGUGUCUCCCCAGCCCAGAGGUACAUCACAGAAUCUCUACAGUGCCUGGGAUUUGGAACGCGAGCUCGCCAAGUCCAGCGUGGUCCAACAAAGCGACGUCUACCGUCCUCUGCUGAGAAAGUGGACUCCUCAAGUGUUCGCCCCAGAUCUGCCUCCACUGCCACUGGUCCUAGUUUUAUUCCAAAACCAACCUGAACUGACUAGUUUUACUCUACACCUAACCUGAAAGAAGUGAUCAAUUUGAUACAAAACCAGUCCAAUCCGUCCAUGGCAAUUUUACUCCAUACACAUAUUUUUCAUCUUAAACUUUCCACAAGAUCUUUGCCAAGCAUUUACAUGCUUUAUUAUCUGCAGAUCAAGUUUUUUUCUGUGAUAUUUUUAUAUGUGAUAUCAUAGUGACAUUGCGUCAUACAUAUAUUGAUUAUAUUCAAUUACAUGUAGUAGUACAUGUAGUACCAUGUAAAUGGUUCCUCAAAUCCAAGCACCGGUAGUCAAUUUAGAUUGUUAUUAUUUGUUUGUACAUGUGAUGACUGUAGCAUAUACUGUAUAUGUUUUUGUACUUCAACGUCAGUAUUCCCAGUGUUUUUCCUGUACAGCACUUUCUAGUAAUGUCAAAAUCUACCACAGAUCAUAAAAGAAUUUGAACCAUAUUGUAGGUUAUAAAUUCUUCAGUGUGUAAAUAAGUGUUGGUCCCAGUCUUUGUAUAUUAAGUGCGUUGUUUGUUUUGGCAGUGAAUGUUAACAUUUUCAUGAUUGUUUAAAGAAAAAAAUAAACUAGGAAACUCUU